AUGGUGCCCGGGGCGCCCCUGACCCUCUGCCUCUGGCUGGCGGCCUCCGGGGGAUGCCUGGCGGCGGGCUCCGGCGCGACGGCCGCCCGGCGGCUGGACGAGUCGCUGUCGGCCGGGAGCGUCCAGCGCGCCCGCUGCGCCUCCAGGUGCCUCAGCCUGCAGAUCACGCGCAUCUCCGCCUUCUUCCAGCACUUCCAGAACAACGGUUCCCUGGUUUGGUGCCAGAAUCACAAGCAAUGUUCUAAGUGCCUGGAGCCCUGCAAGGUGUCCUGGGACCUGCGGAAGCAACAGUGCCAGAGCUUCUGUGAGCCUCUGUUCCCCAAGAAGAACUAUGAAUGCCUGACCAGCUGUGAGUUCCUCAAGUACAUCCUGUCGGUAAAGCAGGGGGGUUGCCCAGCUCCCGAGAAAGCCAGCGGCUUUGCCGCCGCCUGUGUCGAAAGCUGUGAAGUGGACAGUGAGUGCUCUGGGGUUAAGAAGUGUUGUUCCAAUGGAUGUGGACACACCUGCCAGGUGCCCAAGACUCUGUACAAAGGUGUCCCCCUGAAGCCCAGGAAGGAGUUACGAUUCACAGAACUGCAGUCCGGGCAGCUGGAGAUUAAGUGGUCCUCAAAAUUCAAUAUUUCAAUUGAGCCUGUGAUCUACGUGGUACAAAGAAGAUGGAACUAUGGAAUCCACCCUAGUGAAGACGACGCCACGCGUUGGCAGACGGUAGCCCAGACCACGGAUGAGCGGGUCCAACUGACCGACAUACGGCCCAGCAGGUGGUACCAGUUCCGAGUGGCAGCCGUGAAUGUGCACGGGACCCGAGGCUUCACCGCCCCCAGCAAACACUUCCGCUCCUCCAAAGAUCCAUCUGCACCACCGGCCCCGGCCAACCUCCGGCUUGCAAACUCCACCAUCAACAGUGACGGAAGCGUGACUGUGACCAUCGUUUGGGAUCUCCCCGAGGAACCGGACAUCCCAGUGCAUCACUACAAAGUGUUCUGGAGCUGGACGGUCAGCGGCAAGUCACUUGUGCCAACGAAGAAGAAGAGGAGAAAGACCACGGGUGGGUCUCAGAAUUCUGUGACCCUGGAGCCACUGCAGCCCAACUGCAACUACACAGUAGAGCUGCAGGCUGUCACCUACUGGGGCCAGACGCGCCUCAAGAGCACCAAGGUCUCCCUCCAGUUCACGUCCUCCCACGCCGUCCACAACAAAGAACAACUUGGGAAAACUAGAAAAAGUGUGAUGCAAAUACAGCCUCCGUUUCAAAGACGACGGCCCACCCGCCUCCUGGAAAUCGGAGCUCCAUUCUAUCAAGACAACCAGCUGCAAGUGAAGGUGUACUGGAAAAAGACCGAAGAUUCCGGUGUCAGUCGGUAUCGCGUGCAGUGGUUUCCGGAAGUCUGUGCCCACAACGAAUCCGCCGGGACGGAGGCAUCCUCGGGCGUGACCCAGGAAAAUUACAUGAUUCUUCAAGAUCUGUCAUUUUCCUGCAAAUAUAAGGUGACCGUCCAACCCACACGGCCAAAGGGCCGCUUGAAAGCAGAAACCGUUUUCUUUACGACCCCGCCGUGCUCCGCUCUGAAGGGCAAAAGCCACAAGCACGUCAGCUGCCCUGGCGACGCAGGUCACGUCCAUUCCAAAGUGCACGCCAGGCCCGAGAACCUCUCGGCCUCCUUUGUGGUCCGGGACACGAACGUCACGGGGCGCUUCUCCUGGAAGACGAGCAAGGCCACCGUCCAGCGGCCCGUGACCGGCUUCCACGUGACGUGGGCCGAGGUCACGACCGAGAGCAGGCAGAACGGCCUCCCCAACAGCCUCAUCUUGCAGUCGCAGAUCCUCCCGGCGGAUCGCUCCGUGCUCACGGUGCCAGAUCUGCGGCCGGCCACCCUCUACCGUCUGGAGGUGCAGGUGCUGACCGCAGGCGGGGAGGGACCCGCCACCAUCAGGACCUUCCGGACCCCCGACCUCCCGCCCUCGGCCACGCACAGACCCCACCUGAAACACCGUCAUUCACACCAUUACAAGCCUCCUCCAGAAAGAUACUGACCUGUUCCCGGAGAUGUCUGAACCCCGAGCGAGCGAGUAAGCUUGCAGACCUUCGAGGACCGGCCGCGCCCGCUUACGGGGGCACCAGGCCUUUCCCAUAGGACCUCCCGCCCCAUCUAACUUUACUGCACUAAACGCUUCUGUCUGUCUCGGACGCGCCUGGACACCAGGGACAAGUGGUGAGACGGUGGACGUGGACAUGGUGUCCUGUGAGAAUGGAGAGAACGCGAAGGCCAGGCCUGUUUCACUGCAAAAUCUGUUUCCAUACGUGGUUUAGCUAUGAUCUCAAGUGAGUUACUGCAGCUCUGAGACGUCCGUGAAUUUAGAGCAGCAAAUUCUCAAGAGAAACCGGCGUAACAAAUACACAGUUUAUACACGUAAUAAGCAUGCUAAGCAUACACAUAGUAAGCAUCACGUUACUCAAUAAACAUUUUAAAAUUAAAUUAUUGGUUUGGUUUGCAAAAUUGACUGAAGACUACACAGUUUUUUGGCCCUAUUUAUUCAAAUACUUCUUAAGAUGAUUUUUAUCACGUGAUUUUUUAGCUGAAAACUUGUGACCUGAAAUAUGCCAAUUAAUUUAGACUUAAAAUGUUCCCACUUCAAGCACCUAAGCUUCAUUUUCUACAAAGGCAAAGAAGAGUUCAGCCUGUAAAUGAGGAUUUAGGGAAGACAUCCACAGCAGAAAGGAGUCAGUGCCUUACGCUGCUAUCCAGAGCCUGCCUUGGAGAAACUAAAAGUCUUUUCUGGGGAUGCUUUUUAAUAUUUCAUCCUAUACUGUAAGAGAGUUUCCUGAUACGCUAUUUAUGCUUUUUCUAUAUGUGGGAAACGGCUGCUGAUGUGCUUUGUUUUGCAGCUUUCAUGUAGCUAAAACUUUACAAAACCUCUUGCUUGAAACGAAAGAAUCCCAACGAUUGAAUAUUUUCAAAUCUUUACUGAGAUUUGCCUUUUCUUAAUGAAAGCAAGCUCUUUACAUGGUAGAAUACUGUCCGUAAUGUAGAAAAGGCGGAAGGGCUUUGGUUGGUGGAGAGGGACAGCUACUUGCCUUUGACUAACCUUCCUUUACUCCUACAAAUGUAUUAUAUCUUAUUUGAAAAAUUUCCCAGGUUCCACGCUAAGCCCUCAGAGCGUGAACUCAAGUCAAACUCGUUGUCAGUAUACAGUAUUGCAGGGUAUGUCGCGGCAGCCUUCAACCAGAAAUGUUGAGUUUAAUAUAGUUUUUUCCUCGAGGGAAUACCCAUAUGUAUGUUCUGAAACAGGCACGUACGUAUGUGUGUCUGCGUGCUUCCGUGUGUAUACGUAUACACACAGGCGCAAACACACAUACAUACACACACUCAUAGACUCACACGUAC